AAUGUUAGUGGAAAUGCGGAUUGUUCAUAUACAAAUUGCUUUAACGCACGACGUCGAAGAAAUUUCAAUUGAAAAAUUAAUUUAUGAAACCAAAGAAAAAGGUUCAAGACCUGAAUUUUUAGUUAAAAUUAAAACAAGCCAGGUAGAAAUAGGUCAAACUGCAGAAUUUAAUUGCAAAAUUAUUGGAACACCUACGCCCACUUUAACUUGGUUUUACAAUGGUAUGAGAAUAGAAAAUCAAGGACGAUAUCAUUUCCUCUCGAAAGAAGAAUUACAGAUCUUAGAAAUCAAUGACAUUACUACAACUGAUGCCGGCCAAUAUAAAGUUGUGGCAAAAAAUCCAUAUGGAAAAGUUGAAUGUUCAGCUAAUUUGCAAGUUGAAGCCCCGUCCAAAAAAACCGAUCUUCAGCCUCCUAAUUUCGUCGUCUCUAUGGAAACGAAAAACGUCGUUAAUGUUGGAGACAGAGUUAAGUUAUACUGUUCGGCAGCUGGAAUACCGAAACCAGAUGUAGUGUGGUAUAGAAGUGGCAAGCAGAUAAGAGACGGCGACGAAGGCAGAUUUACGAUUAAAUAUGAUGAAGAAAGCGAAAAAAAUGUUUGUGGUACAACGUUAAUCGUUCUAGAUAUUCUACCAACUUACGAAGGUAGAUUUACAGCAGAAGCGAUUAACGAAGUUGGAGUGGCUUAUACAGAUGCUGAUUUGAUUGUUAGCGAUUUUUCAGAUAAUAUGACCGAAGAUAGCUUGGAAGCUCCUACAAAAGUUAAAAAGGAGGAAGAAGCUAAACCACAAUCACCUAUGGUCCUUAAGCAUCAAGAUAAGAGUCAGGCACCAGAAUUUAUCCAAAAAUUGGAGGACAUUACAAUCACCGAAAAAACAAAACUUGUUUUAACAACAAGAGUUACUGGAAUACCUAGACCUAAUCUUACUUGGUAUAUAGAAGAAGUUGAAAUAAAGCAAACAUUUAGAACGAAAAUGACUUAUACGGAAGAUGUUGCAACUCUAACAAUAAACAGUGUUGAAAAGAGACAAAAAGGAUUAUUCAAAUGCGUUGCCAAAAAUACAGCAGGUUCAGCUGAAACUGUCUGUUAUGUUAACGUUGAAGAUAUAAAAGAACCUCCUGAAUUUACGAGACCCCUUGACGAUAAAGAAGUAAGAGAAGGUCAAAGGGCAAGAUUCGAUUGUACGGUUUAUGGAUUACCUAAACCAGAAUUUAAAUGGCUUCAUAAAGGUGAUGAAAUAUCGGAAAGUAAUAGAAUAAGAAUGGAGUCGAAACACGUAAAAAUAUCGGACGAAACCAAUUAUACGCUGUUUAUUGAAAAGACUACGGUUAAUGAUACUGGUAAUAUUUUAGCUGUUGCUAAAAAUACUGCCGGAGAAGCUGAAAGUAAAUGUGAAUUGACUGUUCAAGUUAAAUCCGAAAUGCCUAAAUUUUUAAAGAAACCAGAUAAUGUUGAAUGCAUGGAAUUCGAUGAUAUUUCUUUCAAGGCUACUGUUAGAGCAAAACCUGCUCCUGAAGUUGAAUGGUUUAAAUCGGAUGAAAAAUUAAUUCCUUCUGAUAGAAUAGUCUAUGAAAGUGAAGGUGAAGAAUUUACUCUUAUUAUGAAAGAAGUAAAGAAGGAAGAAGCCGGUAUGUUCUCUGUCAAAGCUACAAACGAUCAAGGAUCAAUGAGCGCUUCUGCUAGACUUAAAGUAACAGCCGUAAUCCCACCAAGGAUUGUUAAGCCUCCUAAAGAUACUAUUGCACCUGAACAAGGGCCUGCCAAGUUCUCUUCUAAAAUUACAGGCUUUCCAACACCCCAAGUACAAUGGUUUUUAGAGGGAACGCCAUUGGUAGAAACCAAACAAAUUCAAAUGGAAUUUGAACCAAAAACUAAUAUGUAUCAUUUAAUUCUUACUGAUGAUCUUAAAGGAAUGACUGGCACUGUUAAAGUUCUCGCUACCAACAAAGGUGGUAAAGACGAGAAAGAAGUUAGUCUUACAGUUACAGGAAGAGCUCCCUCCUUCAUAGAGAAACCUUUGAAAUGCACCGUCUUGGAAAGCGACACAGCCAUCUUCUGCUGUAGAAUAGAUGGUGACCCCAUACCAAAAGUACAAUGGUCAAAAGGAAAAUGGAGAAAGAUGGAGAAUACAUCGACUACUAGGGUACAUUACAAAGAGCCAACAGAUCAAUACGUUCUCGAAAUAGAUAAUAUUAAAAAGAAAGAUGCGGGAACGUACACGGUUACUUUAACAAAUGACUUUGGUGAGGAAACUACCUCAGUUACCCUAAUUGUAACUGAUAAACCAGAGGAAGCGGAAGAUUGGAAGAGCUCCCUUAAGCAUACUGAGGUAAAGGAAAAGGUAGAUACAGAAGAGGAAUAUGAUUGGAGAAAUAAACUAAAGAAGGCUAAAGGAAAUUUAGAUGAUGUAGAGGGAGAGGAACUUACAUUCCAACUCAAAAAGGUUGAACAAACAGAACCUAAAGGUCAACUUAAAGAAGCCAAAAUGGAAGUUGAAGAAACCCAAAUGAAACCAACAACAAUGAAAUUUGAAAAGAGAGAACCUAUAGAACUUUCCAAGAGAAAGGAUCAAGAUAAAAAAGAAAAGGCUCCAGUAGAAGAAGAAGCAAUAGAAAAAUCAAAAUACCAAAGACAAAAGAAAGAACCAGCCGAACCUCAGGUUGAGGAGAAAGGAUUUAAAAUAGGAAAAGUGGAAUAUAAAUUCAUAAGAGAACUUACCGAUCAGAAAGUGAAAGAAACGGACUUUGCAGAAUUCGAAUGCGAAGUUAAUAAGCCAAAAAUACCCGUUAGAUGGCUUAUUGAAGGUGUUGAAGUUGUUCCCAGUCCAAAAUAUCAAAUUUUUGCUGAAGGAAAAAUUCACAGAUUAGCUAUUAAUAAAACAAAACCAGAAGACGAAGGUCAAGUUAUGUGUGAAUUUAAAAAUCUAACAACAACCGCAAACCUCUACGUUAUACCCAUCAUACCUGAAUUUACUCUAAACUUUAACGAUGAAAGAGUUGUUGAACAUGCCGACGCUACUUUUACUUGUAAAUUGAAUGAAGAUCUCGAAAUAGACUGGUUUCACAAAGGUCAACCAGUAAAGAAGAAUGACAAAAAAUACAAAAUUAUUGAUAGUGGGGUUGAGAAGACUUUAAUGAUUACUGAUUGUCUCAAAGGAGACGCGGAUAAAGUAAAAGCAGUUUGCCGUAACGUCAGCUGUGAAGCCAACUUAACGGUUGAAGACGGUUUGAAACAUACGUUAAAAAUUCAUCGAGUAUCCAAAAUGGACGAGGGUCAAAUAACAGUAUCGUGUAACGAUGAGGAAUCAACGGCUAAAUUAACAGUCGAUGACAAUCCGGUGGAGGUGCUUUCAGUGUCUAAAAGUCUAAAAGUCCUACUGGGUUCACCCAUAAGUUUAGACGUGGAAAUUUCAACCCCGAGAAAUGAUUUAGAAUGGUAUAAGGGAGAUAAAAAAAUUGAAAAAUGUCUCCCUAAAUACGAUAUAGAAGCCUUUGGAAUGGUUUGUCACACCCUACAAAUUAGGGAUGUUGACGAAACAGACGGAGGUGUUUAUAGUGCCAUUCUAAGUUCAGAUGGCCAAGAACUAUGUUCAAUACAAGUGAAUGUAUUAUCAGAUGAUUUGGAUAAAUCCCAUUUGGAUGAAACUUUUACUGAUUCAGCUUAUAUGACCGCUCGACAUUUUGAAACAAGUACUGAUUUUACCGAAUACUCGAAUCUUUCGCCAGAUGUUAGCUAUGAAGCCGAUGUGGCAGCGGCAUCAAUAGUCCCCGAAGUGGGAGAUUUGGACUCAAUUUCAGCUUUAGAAUCUAUAUCCUCGGUCGAUAGUCCUAGGGCAGAAGGAGGAUUUGAAAUGGCUCCUUUCGACACUGGUGGAGACUUAGAAACAAUUCCGGAAGAUGACGAAAGCAGAUACACGUCUCCUGGAACCAGCGGUAGACGAAGUAGAGAUGCUUUCGACAUAGAAAUUACAGAAACGUGUAAUAUUUACUCUCCUGGCGAUGACAAUCAAGCAGACAAGGAAAUUCCACCAGAAAUUUUUGAAAAGUUAAUAACCGACUUAGCGUUUCCUGAAGAGAGAGAAAUAGAACAACCAAAUUUUGAAUCUGUUACCAAAAUGAUGAAGAAGAAGAAAAAGAAAAAGAGAAGAGGUAGCGACAGUGAUAGUGAUUCUUCUUCUGAAGAAGAGUACACAGAAUUAAAAGUAUGUGAGAAAGUUCAUAGCAAUGUUCAAUUUACGAAACUGCAGAAAUCAAGCCCUGAUCCCGAUAGUCUUUCCGUAAGAGUUCCGCCAUCCGAAGAAGACUUAAGUUCCAACUCUGUUGCUAAUAAUGCAGCGGACAUUGAGUCAGCCUCAACUAUUAGCACAUCUUUCCUAGAACAAUUAGAAAAGAAAAAAGCACCUUUCUUUGAUACAACGAGUACGUCGGAAGACUCUAAGAAUCUUUCAGAACAAUCCGAAAGAGACGUCGCUUGGGGUGAAGCUAAAAAAGCCAUAAUACCGACCGAAAAGGCUUCCGAAAUGAUGUGGGAUCCGGAUAGAGACUACCUUCAAGUAGCUGAUAGCUCUGAACAAUUAAGACAGUUAGAGAGUAAAAAGUACAUUGCAGACUUGGAACGUGAAACAGCAUUAGCUAAUGUUCGAAUUCAGGAUGUCGACGUAACUGAGGCAUCUGAAUUGAAUUUAAUGAAAACUCCUGAAAAGGCUGCUGAAAGUAUUGGUGAUUUAGGAGGAGAAUGGUCGCAGGCCAAAGUUCAAAGUUUACCUACACAUCAAAUAGUUUCGAAAACUUUAGAAAAACGCACGAACUCUGCCGAACCAACUGUUCAUAUUUCAAAAAAGUCACUAGAAUUAGCCGAUGUUAGAGAUGAGGAAUGUCCAAUAGCAGAAGUAACUGAAUACGAUAACGAGUGCGACAUCAGAAGAGGAAGAAAAACUUUAGUUAAAAAAAAGCCUAUGAAUUCUUGGGCCGAAGUUAAAGUUCAAGAUUAUGAAAUUAUUGAAUCACCCGAUCAGAUAAGUAAAAGGUCGGUAAAAACCGAACGAACAUUCUUAGGAGAGCCUCCUCGUAGCGAUGCAGUUGAAAUUUUAGAUAGAAAUUAUUACAAUGAUAAUAAGAGAGGAUACAGUAGUACUACUCCCUAUGCGGAACAGCAUUCUAAUAUUAUUCCAACUGAAGAACUACAAGUCAAGUCACCGGACAUGUCAGACAUUCUAGUAAGUGAAUCGUUGAUAGAACAAGGAAACAUUAAUCCACACAAGUUCAAAGAAAAUACUGAAAUAACGGAGAGUGUCACUCAAAAGACUCCCGAAAAUGUCUGGCCUAUGGAUUUAACAAAUAAUAACACUAUAUCAUCAGAUUCUAAUUAUGGCCCAAAAAGGGAUAUACUGACUACGAAGAAAGAGCGUGUACAGGUAACAGAAAGUAUAGCCCAUGUCAACAUAGAUGAUUUAGAGGCUCAAAUGCUGCAAGAGACAAAUUCGUUAGAAUACAUCGAUCAAGAAGUCACAAUUAGCAAGUAUCAGCAUAUGAAUCAAUUUUAUGAUGUUCCUACUAUAUCCGAGUCGGAGAGUACCGAAGAGGAGGAUCGAUCCGAAGGUAUAAAAAUUCAGGUCGAACCUAGAAUUCGAUUCCAAACGUCCAGAGAUUUAACGAAAACUUGGACAAAAUCAACUCACGGAGCAACUAUGGAGAGUUUAGCUGAUAGUUCAAGUGACGACUCGGAAAGUAGAAACGGCGAAAGAGAUAAAGAUAGAGAAAAGAGAAAAGUUAUAGUCACCAAAAAGAUUACCAAAGAAACGACAGAAGAAGCAGACGAGGUGAAUAAUUCGUCGGAUAAAGGCAGAACAGCACAUCCUUUCUCCUAUUCGAGAUUCGAGAGUUCGAAUAGUGGAGAGUCGACAACACCGAAAAGUAUUCUAAGGAAGAAGGUAAACAGAUCGAAUAUUUCUGAUUCUAUCCACUCUGACUUUGUUAAAAGAGAGCACGAUGUAAAUGUCGCACAUAGUGUUUCUAGUCCCAAAAUGAACGAUGAGUCAAUUCGUCGAAACUGUGUAAGUUUCACCGAUUCUGACACAAGUUCGGGGGAUUCUAUGAAAUAUUGGACAUGCCAAACUUUUACUCUAGUAGACUUUUGGCAACAGGACUCUACCGACUCCAAUUUACAAGCCAGCGGAAUCCCCUACAUUACAAAUAAUGUAAAUAUCUAUAAUAAACAAAUAAUAAGUAGAGGGGAUCAAGCUGGAAGUAGAACAUCUAUUUUCGGACUACGAAACAAUAGUACAUUCUACGAGGAUAUAUUAAAGAGAGAGGCGAGAAGAAAAUUUUACGAAAUUAGGCCUACAGUAUGCAAGGAAACUUUAAUUUGA